CUUAUCUAUGAAUUACCGUCCGGGAGCUGGCUUGACCCGGCAACUCUACGGUAUAAAUGCCCGGCGUGACAGCAUCGUCGGUAGCGGCAACUUCAGUUCGUAGAGGAUCACGCGAGCCCCGUGAGGUCACCACGCCACGGCCACAUCAGCAGCUAGCAGGCUGUAUACUAUGGUUACCGCCUAAGCCUGAGCUACGAGAGGGCUGCGGGUCCGACAUAGAGGUAGACCGAUGCAACCAUCCAGUGGUGAUCCUCUCGCCACAGGCAGAAGAUGGAAAUGUGGUAUAUCUCAUGAUCACGUCACUAAAGGGAAAAGAACUCACGACUCGCUUUAAGCAUGAUCAAAACCUUAGGCUUGAACACAUCCCUAUCCGGCCAAGCCGCCCGCAUCCAGACAAUGGGAUGCUCCUCAGUCUCGAGGAUGUGACGCUCAUGCUGCGGAAAAAUUCUUACGUCAAGACGAAGACGCAGUACCGCAUUCAAAUCGCGUCCUUACGGCCUUACGAGCGUCGAGGACCUGAGUAUAUUCUGUCCCGAAAGUCUUACCAUGAACUAAUCCAGUACGCCAAAUUCACACCUCCGGCUCCUCGUCUCUCCUUGAAUACAAUCUCUUCUCCUAGUCGUGUAUGGGGGUACAGCCAAGCCGUGCCUAUUACUCGGGAGCGUAGCGGUAGCUAUGGCGAGUACGUGUCUGCUCAGAGACGCUUGGAAAGCGCUGCAGUGAGCCCGCCCCGCGCCCACUAUGUACCGACCGCGAAUACGAAUCCACCUCAGUACGUUCGUACUGUUGCUCGGAGCGAACGAGAGCCGCUCCUUGGACAAUCAUCGUACACGUAUUCUCGCAGUUCAUAUCCCAGCUAUUCAGGCAGCUAUCCAGGUAGCUAUUCAAACAAUAACCCGACAUACACGUAUAGAACCUCGGCCCGGGCCGGACACCAGGGCCCGGCACCUCCGCGGCCGUUCGACUCGGAGGGAACAUGGAGGAAAAUAAAGAUACUCUUCUGGGUUUUCGUAGCGCUUAUAGGAGUGUACGGAACGUACAGCGGCGUAGCCUGGUUAAUAGCCGAUGCAGCUAAGCAGGCCAGCUUCGUGGUUAAAAGUCGCAUCGGGCAAAAUGGAUAUAAAUUUGGCGUCUUUUGGUCAACCCUAGCGAGGCUAGGUGCUCCCUAGGGCUCGCCCUUCUCCUUCCUCUUAUAUUUUUGGUAGCUUGUGAGCGUCUUCUUUUUUGUUUAUAAUCUCACGAUUGUAUCAAUGGAUAUGGAACGGAAUCGGUAGCAAAACGGAAAAUGUACAAUUGGCAUUAUGUAUUUGAAUAGGCUUAUACACGGGAAUCUUCACGAUUUGAAGUACAAUAGCAACAUCGAUUAAUGAAGCUCGUUACUGAUUCGUUGCCGGGACCUCGGUAUCAGAGAUAUCGCAAUUCUUUAUAUACUGCUGAGGGGAAGAAGUCUCUUUGCAGUCCGGCGUAAGUGUCGCGGUAGCAACUUGUCUCACAACAUUUCUAGAUUAAUUAGGAGGUACUUAGCGGUUUCCAUGUCAUGCAACUAUCACUGACAGCCUGCAGUAGUAAGAUAUGGAAAAG